AUGUCGCAAACAGCGGCGACCCGGGUCGAUUCCAUCGGCGACCCGGAUCAUCAUGGAAAUGACGACGGCGAGAAGAAACCAAAGAGCAGGAGACCAGCAAAUACUGCUUUUCGUCAACAGCGUCUCAAAGCAUGGCAGCCAAUCCUCACACCCAAAUCAGUGCUACCCCUAUUCCUCGUUAUUGGCGCGAUAUUUGCACCACUAGGGGGUGUCUUAAUCUGGGCCAACAGCCAGGUUCAAGAAAUUGUUAUCGACUACACACACUGCGCUACGGAGGCUCCUACUGGUGUCCCUACGUCUAUUCCAGAUGGAAGUGUGACUUCGACAUUCAAGUCUACUUCAUCCGGUCAGGUAACGUGGAACCGCACCGCCACAGAUAAUACGACUAUGACAACGAACUGCUCGCUAUAUUUCAAUAUCCCAAACUCUAUUGGCCCUCCGGUCUUUCUUUACUAUCGACUUACCAACUUCUACCAAAAUCACCGAAAGUACGUCCAGUCCCUCGACACCGAUCAAUUGAAGGGUGUGGCUGUCGAUAAUGGCACUAUCAAAGGAAGUACUUGCGAUCCCUUGACCAUUGAUGGCGAAACGGGCAAGGCUUAUUAUCCUUGUGGCCUCAUCGCUAAUUCUUUGUUCAAUGACUCGAUUUCUAGUCCUGUACAAGUUGGUAAGGCUGGUGGUGAGGAGAUAGUUUAUAACAUGACAGAUAAAGGCAUUGCUUGGUCUAGUGACAAAGAGUUGAUCAAGACUUCCAAAUACCAGCCUUGGGAAGUGAUGCCCCCACCCAACUGGAGGAGAAAAUAUCCAAACUAUACCGAAGAUAAUUUCCCAAAUCUUCAAGAAGACGAGGCGUUCAUGGUUUGGAUGAGAACUGCUGGCCUCCCAACAUUUAGCAAGUUGUCUCUAAGGAAUGAUGACCAGGCGAUGCCUGAUGGUCAAUAUAGGUUGACUAUCGAGGAUAGCUUCAACGUUACUGAGUACGGUGGCACCAAAUCUAUUAUAAUCUCCACACGAACAGUUAUGGGCGGGAAAAAUUCCUUCAUGGGUAUCGCCUAUGUUGUUGUUGGUGGCGUUUGUGUACUGUUAGGUGUGAUGUUCGCGAUUGCACACUUGGUGAAACCAAGAAAACUUGGCGAUCACACCUAUCUCACGUGGAAUAAUGAGCCUGCUCCCGCUGGUGUGGCAACUGGACGCGAAUAG